GAAGAUUCCUGCUGGGGAUGUGAAAAAUACUGUGGAAAACAUGGGAAUAGAGAUCACAAAUAAGGAGCACAAAAAGCUGCUGAAAACUCUGCCAGUUUCUGCUGAUAAAAAAGUGUUUAAGAAGGAAUUAUUGGAUGGUGUGAAAUCCUUCAGAGGAGGUCAGGUUAAUGUCAAUGACUUACAGAGUGUUCUACAAAACACUGGGUUCAGACUUGAAGAAAAAGAAAUCAAGGACCUGAAGACUCACCUGCCAGUGACUGAAAAGGAAAAGUUUGACCUAGAUGUCUUGAUGGAUGUAGCAAAAGCUUUUACAGGAGAAAAGGUUGACGCUAAUAACUUAAAACAUGUGCUGAGCAACAUGGGGAUCGAGCUAACAGAAAAAGAACACUCAAUGCUGUUAAAAACUCUGCCAAUCUGUGAUGGAAAGGUAUAUAAGAAAAAAUUACUGGAUAGUGUGAAGCCUCUCAAAGGAAAAAAAGUCAAUGUCAAUAAUCUGGAAGCUCUUCUGAAGAACAUGGAAAUUGAAGUUGGGAAAGAGGAAUAUGAGGACCUACUCGACCAUCUGCCAGCUGACAAAAAUGAAAUGGUUGAUGUGAAUAUGGUAAUGGAUGAAGCAAAAGCUUUUACAGGAGAGAAAGUUAGUGUCAGUAAUCUGGGCAAAGUGCUGAGGAAAAUGGGGCUCGUGCUCACUGAUAAGGACCACAAGAAGCUGCUGAAAACUCUGCCAAUUCGCACUAGUGGAAAGGUAUAUAAGAAUAGAUUGCUCAAAGGUGUGAAGGCCCUCAACGGGCCAAAGGUCAAAAUAAAAAAAAUGGAGACAUUUUUGGAAAACAUGGGAAUUAAAAUCAAGGAAGAGGAACUUGAGGAACUCAUGACCCAACUACCAACUGAGGGUGAGACAACAGUUGAUGUGAAAGACUUAAUGGAUGCUGUCAGUUACAUCAAGGGUGAGCUGCAAGCUAUAAUGGAAAUAUGUUAUAAAUAG